AUGAAGCAGCAUACGGAUUCCAAUACAAGCUACAAAGCAAAUGAAAAUCAUAAAUCUUUGCUCCUAAAACAAUCAAUUACCCACUUCUUUGUCUCCAUCAUGAAUCUUCUACUUACUUUGGUUAUGUAUACUGCGGCUGUCUCUGCCUGUGCUGGCAGUGCCUUCCGGUGCAAGAAUGCCCAGGGAACUACAGCUGGUGACUAUAGCAGAACUAGCGAGAUCUGCGCAGAAAUAGGCGAUGACGCAGAUAUGUGCUAUUGCUAUGGGGCAGCUGAGGAUUACUGCACCCUUGCGAAUAGUGCCGAUGUGCAAACAUUUAAACAAUAUUGUCAAGCGGACCCUGGAUGGUAUUAUUCGGCCUGUUAA